AUGUCCACAGAUCUAGUGAUAAAGUGUACCGAACAGCAACAUAAAGCCAUCCUGAGCGAAUUCGAGCCAGACACGGUUCUGGGGAUCAGCGCAGGUCCAGGGUCGGGGAAAACACGAACCAUAGCGAGUCGAAUCGCAUACAUCUUGAGCGAACAGUCGCCGCACGAUAUUCGGCCCAACGAGAUCGCCGUGCUCAGUCUGACCAACCGGUCCGUCAACGAUAUCCGGUCGCGACUCCAACUCGUGCUGGGCCCAAUGGCCCUACAAAUCCCCGUCAUGACCUUCCACUCGUUUGCUGGUAAAGUCGUGGGCUCGACGUGUCUGGACUACCAGGUGCUUGACGACGACGACCUCAAACGACUCGCCAAGCUGGUGUUCCCUGAACGCAAGUCGCUGUCCACUUUGGAGCUGCGCACCUUGCUGAAAGAUAUGCGUCGAUCGACCACUAAAGUCGAGACACCCAGCAUCCUGGAGAUGUUUGGCGAGAAACAGAUUUAUACCCACGACGACCUGUUGGAAGAGUGUGUCAGGCUUAUAGAGGACCCGAUCAAGAUCCCCAAGUUCGCAGAGAGUUUCCGUGUGGUUAUCGUGGACGAGUUCCAGGAUAUCUACCCGGCAGUGAUGGAUAUGGUGCUUUCCAUGAGCAAAGGACGGCAUCUGACUCUUGCGGGCGACCCGAACCAGUCCAUCUACGGGUUUCUGGGAGCAUCUUACGAUACAAACUGGGAGAAACUGGUUAAAUACCGGCCAAGUCACAAAAUUGUCCGACUCAACAAGUCUUUCAGAUCGACUCCUGAGGUUUUGCAGUUUGCGUCCCAAAUUCUCGGGCCAAACAUGCCAGAACACACAAGUGUCAAGGAUUCGUGUCAGGUUCCAUCAUACAGACUGUCCUUUACGUCUCAGGCCCACGAACAUCAGUUCAUCCACGACGAGGUCUCCCGUUUGGUUGACCGUUCGAAUGGACUUAUCAAGCCGUCAGAUGUGGCCAUAUUAAGCUACACCAACAGGGAGAUCGACACGGCAAUCAACUACUUUGAAAAACGAAACACGUUUGGACAUUACCGGCUAAAUAACAGUCCACGGUGGAUCCAGAGCCCUGUUUCUUUUGUGAUGCAGUAUGUUCGCACACUGGUUGAUCCGUCCAACAACUUCUCGUUGCUAUGGUCGCUCUCAAACAUCCAGGGAGUUGGAGAGUCUACUCUUCGUAAACUAGCUCUUUUGGCGACCGCUAACGAGACCUCCGUUUACGACUAUCUUUUAGAGUCUGGAUACCCGAAACCAAAGAAGAUGGAGGAGUUGGCACAAUACGCAAAUCUUAUACGGGAAAGCCGAUUGAACCUGGACCAGAACGAUCCAGACGAUAUUGUUGUGACUCUGUUGGAGCUUGGAAAGAAAUUGGGGCUCGACAAAAUGCUCAACAUCAAAGGAUUGACAAACGACCAACUCUCUGCAUACAGAGCUCAUUUCCACACGAUUUACGAAACUCUUCAACGAGCCAUACCACUUGCAUCGUCUAACCAUACCGUGCUUUCCUACUUCAUGGAAAACUACAACAGCGACGCUCUAGUUUCCAGUAGCAACAUCAAAACUUCGAACGACAACGAGGUCAAUUUCUCCACUAUACACACGGCCAAGGGCCUCGAGUUCCCGAUAGUUUUCGUUCUAUCAGGGAACAACUCGUUCAAAAUGAACAAAAUCCAGCGUCGGAUUGUCUAUGUUGGCAUGACAAGGGCGUCUUCCUUACUUUAUUUCAACAAGUUGACCAACCAGUUUGUGGAAGGAAUUGACAAUUCGACAAAUCCGAAUUUCUCAACCAAACCACCAAAUUGGACGCCCAAUACGAUCACAAGACUUCUGGGAGACAUGAAGCGUAGACCGGCUCAAAGUGUUGGACAAGUUUCUUCUAAAAUAGCGCGUGCUAUUCUAUAG